AUUUGCUUUCUUGCAAAGAGAUUCCAGUCAUGGCUUCUCAACCUCUCGAUGAUACGAUCAUGGAAGCAGUUAUUGGUACUGAGCUCGAGAUGAGCCCAAUGCCGACCUCGAAGACCUUGGGCGAUACGAAACAGAUGGAUCCAUUUCUUGUUACCUUUGAUGAACCAUAUGAUGCCGAGAACCCACUCGAUUGGAGCACCAGCCGCAAGUGGUCAGUGACGGAUGUUAUGUCAGCCACUGGUUUCAACCGCAUCAUGGUCAGUACCAUCAUGGCACCGGCUCUCUCAACCAUUGCCUUGGAGCUCAACAUGAACUCUGCAGAAUCUGCAAUGGCACUUUCUAUUUAUCUCCUAGCAACCGCUUUCGGGCCCCUUUUCAUUGGGCCCUUGUCAGAAAUCUAUGGCAGACAAGUCGUCCUCCACGGCUCCGGUAUCUGGUUUCUCAUCUGGAAUAUCGCAUGCGGAUUCGCCAACUCAAAGCAACUGCUCAUCGCCUCACGUUUUCUUGCUGGUUUUGGUGCCAGCUCUAUAUAUGCUCUUGCGGGUGGUGUUCUGGGCGAUAUCUGGAGACCAGAGCAGAGAGGCCGUUCGUUGGGCAUAUACUUGCUUAUUCCUAUCCUGGGUGCCUGCGUCGGUCCCAUUAUUGGCGGAUUCAUGGCUGCUCGCACUACGUGGCGAUGGAUGUUCUGGUCUACAUCAAUAUUCCAAGCUAUCAUGAUAGUUAUGUCAUUUUUUAUCUUCCCUGAAACCUACGGCCCAUUGAUCCUCCAUCGCCGCGCUAAACGCCUCCGUCGUCAAACUGGAAAUCAACAAUACUACACGGACAACGAGCGCUGCGAUGGCGAUCGCUCACUGCUGGGAGUUCUCGGACGAGCACUUACACGCCCUUUUCGUCUUCUCGCCUUCCACCCAAUCAUUCAAGUCACAGCCGUGCUCAAAGGAUUCAAUUACGGAAUCCUCUACAUCGUGCUAUCCACGUUCUCCACCCUUUGGACUUCACAUUACCACCAAUCUGUAGAGAUUAGUGGUUUGCAUUACAUUGCUAUCUCGCUAGGAGAAAUGGCUGGCUCCCAUAUUGGUGGGCCACUUAUCGACUAUCUCUACAAGAGACGCCUUGCAAAAAAUGCUACCAGUGGCAACGACACCUUUACGCCUGAGUUCCGCAUUCCGCUGAUGUUUCCAGGUGUAAUCAUCGGCUCGCUAGGACUUCUACUAUAUGGGUGGACGGCGCAAUAUCAUGUGCACUGGGCUGUGGUCGAUAUUGGUAUCUUCAUUGUCUGUUUUGGGAUGCAGUUAGGGACCAUUGCUGGCACAGCUUACAUCAUCGAUUCCUACCCAGGUCACACAAGCAGUGCAAUGGCAGCGUCGCAGUUUAUUAGCAGCUUGGCCGCAUUUCUAUUUCCUUUAUUUGCCCCGCGCAUGUAUCAAGUGCUUGGUUAUGGAUGGGGAAAUACCGCAAUGGGAUUUGCAGGUCUGUUGCUAGGGAUUCCUCCACCGUUGUUCUUGUGGAAGUAUGGUGAGAAACUGAGAGCUAAGGCAAGGUCUACUUACUAGACGAAGAGAAAUAAGUGGAAAGAAUGCCUUAGCGUGAGUAAGAUCUAUCAGAACGUUGAGCAGUGAGGAAAGCAAAG